AUGACCAACUCGCUGGAGAGUUCUUCUCGUGACGAGAAAGACGCGGCAACAACAGACACACAUAUCCAUGAAAGUCGUCAUCAACACCCCACGCCUCACGACUAUCUUUCCGCAGUCGAGAACGGCCUCAUUGAAGACAUCCCGCCUCCGUCGAACUUUGCGCAGCGAUGGGCACUCAAGCUCGAACAGCUCGCCGGCGUCGAAGCCAGAGGCGUCGAACGCGUCCCUGAAGCGAUCCGCGCGCCCCAUGCCUCGUUGAAAGACUACCUGCAGAUGUGUGUCAUCUGGUUCUCUGCCAACGUCACCAUGAACAACAUGAUCAUUGGAUUUUUGGGUCCGUUGCUGUUCGAGGUCGGCCUCAAGGACGCCAUGAUACUGGGUGCCUUUGGAGCGUAUCUUGGAGCUGCGGGAACCGGAUACCUUUCGACCUUUGGCCCUGCAAGUGGUAAUCGCACCAUGGUAUGCGCCCGCUACACCAUGGGAUGGUGGCCCAGCAAAAUUUGCGUUCUGUUCAACAUUGUAAUCAUGCUCGGUUAUGGUCUGAUCGACGUUCUCCUUUCCGGACAGAUCCUAUCCGCGGUGAACGGUCACGGCCUGACCGUCAUUGUUGGAACCAUCGUGUCCGCCAUUGUAACGCUCUUCGUGGUCCUCUUCGGUAUCAAGCUGUUUCAUACCUACGAACGAUAUGCCUUCAUUCCGCAGGUCAUGGUCCUUCUGAUCUUGAUCGGCGUCGCUGGGCAAUACUUCGACACUUCGUCUGAAACGUUUGGAAAUGCGUCCGAGAGGGCCGCCGACAGAAUGAGCUUCUUCUUCUUGGCUGUGUCUGCUUCUAUCGCGUGGACACCCAGUUCGGCUGACUUCUACGUCUACUUCCCGCCAACGUCGAACCGUCUCGCUGUGUUUGCUUGCACCACAAUCGGGCUCGGCACCUCAUGUGCCUUCACGUACCUGAUUGGUGUAGGUAUCGCAUCCGGCGCGUUGGCUAGGGACGACUGGAUGGCGGCUUAUGAGAACGGCGGCGCAGGUGCCCUCCUCGUCGAGGCAUUCAGGCCACUCGGAUCCUUUGGAGACUUCUGCGCAGUAAUCGUCGCACUUGGCCUCAUUGCGAACAACAUUCCCGGAACCUACUCUUCGGCCCUGUCUUUCCAGCUGCUCGGGAGAUGGAUGAGGAAACUGCCGCGCAUCUUCUGGACCGUUGUCGGUGUCAUCAUUUACACCGUCUGCGCAUGCGCCGGUCGUAACCACUUGUUCGAGGUUUUCCAGAACUUCCUCGCGCUGCUAGGGUACUUUGUGGUCAUCUACAUCGCGAUCACUCUCGAGGAGGAGUUCAUCUUCCGCCGCAAGAGUGGCUAUGACUGGGCAGCUUGGAAUGACCCCAAGAAACUGCCGCUAGGAAUCGCUGCCUUUGUUGCCUUCUGUGUCGGCUGGGUUGGUGCAGUCUUGGGUAUGUGGCAGACAUAUUUCACCGGCCCGCUUGGAAAGACCGUUGGCUUUGGCAUUGAUCUGGGCAUCCCGCUUGCAUUCAGCUGGAGUGCUCUGGCGUAUCCCGGCCUGAGAUAUCUAGAGCUCAAGUUCAUUGAGAAGGAUAUCCCGACGCGGGCAUUAGUAGUUGACGAGCCCGGCGGCUCGUUUCGACUACGGGAGGUGAUUCUGGACGAGGUCCGACGGAAUGAAGUCCUUGACCUUGUUGUUCAGGAGGGAGGCAUGCCUGGGCCAUUUCCGGCAGUCUUCGGACAUGAAGGGGCUGGUGUCGUCAGACGAGUUGGCAGUGAUGUGAGCCACCUUCAGGUUGGGGAUCUCGUUCUUCUCAGCUUUUCUUCUUGCAUGAGAUGCUCAACAUGUGCCGAGGGUCGGAAAGGAUUUUGUGCUCACAUCACCAACAUCAACUUUGGCGGUGCACGUGGAUUUGAUGAUUCACCUAUACGGCUCCCGAACGGACAACAUGUCCGUGGACAAUUUUUCGGACAGUCCUCAUUCAGCGAGCUGGCGAUCGUCGAUGUGCGCUCAGUGGUCAAGUACGAUGGCAGGGAAAAAGACCUCUCCUUCCUGGCUCCCUUGGGGUGCGGGUAUCAUACGGGGGCUGGGACAGUACUAAACGUCUUGAAGCCCAAGCCAAACAGCAGCAUGGCUGUGUUUGGACUUGGUGCUGUUGGCCUUGCCGCGCUAAUGACUGCCAAAAAUGAGAAUGUACAAGACAUUAUCGCCGUGGAUAUUGUCAAGUCCAAACUUGAGCUGGCAUCUUCGCUUGGAGCCACCUACUGUGUCGACUCAAAGAAGGAAGACUUACUUACCGCCAUUCGCGCAAAGUUCCCCGACGGCAUCGACUUCGUGAUCGACACCACUGGGGUCAUUACGGCCAUCAACACUGGCAUCAAGGCGCUUGGUCAUGCCGGGACUUUGGCUCUUGUUGGUGUUCCUCGCCCAGGAGCGCAGAUUCAGGGUGACGGACUGGAGCUCUUGACGUCGUGCAAGACAGUAUUAGGGUCUAUUCAAGGAGCUUCUGAUCCUCAGAAGAUCCUUCCAUACCUGGUCGAGCAAUAUCGAGAGGGGAAAUUCCCGGUUGAUAAGCUGUGCAAAGUAUACCCAGCUAGUGAGAUCGACCAGGCGAUAUCAGACAUCAAGUCUGGAAAGGUAAUCAAACCUGUUCUGGCGUGGUGA